AUGCUAAGGAACAGCAGUACAGUGACGGAAGUUAUCCUCAUGGGCUUUCAGCAGAGCUCCACUUCCACACGAGCAUUGCUCUUUGCCAUCUUCUUGGCCCUCGACAGUCUCGCCAUGGCCAUGAAUACCUUCAUCAUCAUCACCUGGACAGAUCCCAAGCUCAACAGCCCCAUGCACUUCUUCCUUGGCCAUCUGUCUCUCCUGGAUAUCUGCUUCAUCACCACUACCAUCCCACAGAUGUUGAUCCACCUCGUGGUCAGGAACCACACUGCCUCCUUUGUACCCUGCAUGACCCGGAUGUACUCUGUCUGAGUUGGUGUAGCUGAGUGCAUCCUCUUGGCUUCUAUGGAUGACCGUUACGUUGCUAUCUGCUAGCCACUUAGCUAUGUCCAGAUUGUAAGCUGGAAGGUCUGUGUCAGGCUCAUGGGAACUGCCUGGUUCUUUGGGCUGAUCAAAGGCAUCUUCCUUCAGUAUAUGUCAUUUUGACAACCCUUCUGCAGAGAAAACCACAUAAAAAACUUCUUUUGUGAAGCCCCCAGGGUGAUCAGCUGUCUUGUGGGGACUCAGUUGGUCUGGGUCAUCUUUGCCGAUGCCAUCGUGGUGCUGCUCAGCCCUGUGGUCCUCACUGUCACUUCCUGUGUGUGCAUCCUGGCCGCCAUCCUCCCAUGAGCCCCCUGCUCAGGUUGGGUGAAGACUUUCUCUACUUGUGCCUCUCACCUGACUGUGGUCAUCUUUCUCUACACCUCAGCUAUAUUCUCUGACAUGAACCGCAGCACACAUAGGCCUGGUAAAGACAAGCCUUUCUCCCUCCUGUACACCAUCGUCACCCUCAUGUGCAAUCCCAUCAUUUACAGUUUCCACAAGGAAAUGAAGGAGGCCAUGGGGAGGGCACUUGGGAGAACCAGGCUGGCCCAGGCACAGUCUGUCUAG